AUGUUGCUCACCAACCAUGCCUCACCCCAUAAGUGGCUUUGGGUUUUACUUGUUCUAGCCUCUCUUUCUUUCGCGUCUAUCAUUCCAUUCGAAGUCUCGCCCUCGCUGGUGAAGCACCGCUCUCCCUCUCUUGACAGUAAUUCUCUCUCAUCAAACACCACAAACUCUGAACUCGAUGCAGCACGCAAAAUCGUUCAAGAGGCCAUCGCGGAGGCUUCCAGGCUCAACAAAGCCCGUCUCGAUCACCCUGCCAGAAAUCGCUACAAGCUCUCGCCUGAGAGCAGCGUUGGUGGCAGUACCAGGAAAAGACAGAGUACCACUGGGGACUUAGAAUCCGUCUCGGCGCCCCCGUUGUUGAACAUCACUGCAGAAAUUGCCGCCGCUGCCGCUCUUGUGGCCGAGGCAGAUGCAUCGGCCUCCAACGGAAACAGCACCAAGCGUUCUGUUCAAAAGCGCGGCACUUUUUGGAUGCAGGAUAUUUCGCACAGAGGCACUUCUCCUUGGGGUGACGAUUCCAGCUACACGAUCUUCCGCAAUGUGAUGGACUACGGAGCCAAGGGUGAUGGUGUCACUGAUGACACUGCCGCGAUAAACAAAGCCAUCAAGGACGGCAAGCGAUGUGGAGAGGCCUGCAACGGCUCUACUACCAAGAACGCCAUUGUCUACUUUCCGCCCGGGACGUAUUUGGUUUCCAGUCCCAUCAUUGUCUACUUUGGCACCCAGAUGAUUGGUGAUGCCAAUGACCGUCCAACCAUCAAGGCGGCUGCCAGCUUUGUUGGUCUUGGGGUUCUUUCGACAGAUGUGUACAUGGGCGAUGGUGCUGGGGCCGAUGGUAAGGACAAUGAGUGGUAUGUCAAUACGGCAUCGUUCUACAGGCAGAUUCGGAACUUCAAGAUCGACGUCACUUCAACCGACCCCAACGCCUACGUCUGCGCACUACACUACCAGGUCGCGCAAGCUACCAGCCUUCAGUUUGUCGAGCUAAUUGCCAAGACUGGAACCACACAGCAGGGGAUAUAUGCGGAGAAUGGCAGCGGUGGCGUGCUGGCUGACAUCACUUUCACCGGAGGAAACUUCGGCAUCUAUGCCGGGAGUCAGCAAUUCACUGCCCAACGUCUGACUUUCAACGGCUGCAAUACGGCAGUCCAGAUCAUCUGGGAUUGGGGUUGGGUCUGGAAGGGCAUCACCGUCACAGACUCGAGCACUGGUUUUCGUCUUGUCAACGAUGGCGGUGACGGAAACGUUGGAUCCGCCGCUUUCAUGGAUACCUCGUUCACGAACGUGAAGCAAGCCAUCGUAGUUGCCCCGCCUUCCUCCACCCCUGCUACUGGAUCGACAGGUCUUCUUCUCGACAACAUCGGCUUCAGCGGUGUCAGUCAGGGAGUUGCAGAUACGACCGGAAAGACUCUGCUUGACGGCUCUAGCAGCGUUUUGAGCUGGGUCUUGGGACCUAUCUACAAUGGCACCGAGCGCACAUGGAAUUCAGGGUCUUCACACGAAUGGAUGGGUAUUCUACCUUUGCUUGGCGAGAAGACCAUAGACGGCCUGCCAAACCUGCCGUACUUCGAUAAGGCGAAGCCUCAGUACGAAGGUCAUUCUGCCGGAGACUUCAUUCACUUAAAAGACUACGCUAAAGGUGAUGGCUCGACCGACGAUACUGCCGGUGUCCAAAACGCUUUCAACAGUGCAGGCGGCAAGAUCAUUUUCGCCGACGCUGGGGUUUAUUUGUUGUCGGAUACGGUCACCAUCCCGCCUGGAACCAAGAUUGUAGGUGAGACGUGGACACAAUUUGCGGCAACUGGAUCAAAGUUUGGGGACUCGAGCAAGCCAACUCCUAUGCUACGAGUUGGAAACAUCGGAGACGUUGGAUCAGUUGAGAUGCAAGAUCUCAUGUUCACCACCGUCGGACCGACUCCUGGUGCUAUCCUCGUUGAGUGGAACAUCAACGCCGACAGCCAGGGAUCUGCUGGACUGUGGGACUGUCAUGCUCGUCUGGGAGGCGCAACAGGCACUAAGCUGACGCCAGCUGAAUGCCCUGCUCUAACUAGCGGCGCCGUGAAUGACGACUGCAAGACUGCCGCACUCGUCAUGCACGUCUCCAGGGGAUCUUCGGGAUAUUUCGAGAACAUGUGGUUAUGGACCGCUGACCAUAUGGUUGAUGACCCUGACUUAGUCAGUGACAAGAAUGAAAUGACCAUGGUCUCAGUCUAUACGGCCCGAGGACUUCUCAUCGAAAGCACAGAGGCCGUUUGGCUGUACGGUACCGCGUCUGAGCACGCCGUGUACUACCAGUACAACUUGUUUGGUGCCCAGAACGUUUUCGCUGGUCUUUUGCAAACGGAGUCCCCAUACUACCAGCCCAUGCCAACUGCUCCAAGUCCGUACAAGGCCGAGGUUGGGGUCGUCCGCGGCGACCCCAAGUAUGACUGCAGCGGUACCGACUUUGACGGUUGCGACUCGUCAUGGGGCCUGCUCGUCAGCACCUCUCAAGAUGUCUAUAUUGCUUCAGCAGGCAUCUAUUCUUGGUUUGAUGACUAUAGUCAAGAUUGCAUUGAUGUGCACACCUGUCAGAAGGUCCUGGUGAACCUCUCUGAAAACUAUCAUCGAGUUCGUCUCCAGCAGCUCAUCACCAUUGGCGCUCAAUAUUCCCUUGUCUCCGACGGCAAGGGUAUCUUGGCCACGGACAAUCUGGCAAUUUCUGGUCAUCCUGCCUGGUCCCAAAUUUCUUUAUUUGAUGCUACAUCCGCUGGCGAUGCCGAUAUUGAUUUCGGCGAUAUCGCCGUCGACAUGCCACCCUGUAACGACCCGAACCAUUGGGUGACUUUGGAUGAUCUCUACGCGGCGAUGGGGUCUUUUCCUGACUACUGCGUUGCUCUCUACGCAACUCAAAUCCUAUACAGGAUGGUGGAUACUACCUUGGAAAACUAUACUUCCGUCGACAACGGCUACGACAGCAAGUUUGACUCUUACGUCAAGUACACCAAGGAGAUGAUCCCGACUCAACUCGAUGAGUUCAUGAACCUGGAAGACGGCGCCGGCAACAAGUACUUCACAUGCACCUUUGCCGAGAACGGUCGCAAUGAGACAACCCAGAAGUGCCCCUUUGGCAACUGGAUCAACUCAUAUGACGAAUUUACCAUCUACUACACAUUAGACGACGAGACAGGCUUCUUCAAUGAGCUGCAAUCAACAUACGGUAUCAUCCCGGCCUGGGUCAAAUUCAGUGAGAAGAUCGACCAGGUGACGUGCACCGGCAGUGCGGCAACCUGCACGCGCACCAAGUAUGUCUACGAGGGUCGCCCUUUACCUGCAGACAGCAUUACGGUGGCGAACCCCAAAGACAUCAUCAGCCAGGCUCUCCCGGGCUUUACCAACCUUCGCUCAACCCUCGCCAGCAUGUUCUUCCAGAUGAAACUCGGCAUCUGGGACGGCGUCAACGACGAAGUCAUCUCGGUGCUCAGUAUGCCUGUGUCGCUCGCCCAACAGGCAGUCGAAAGCAUGGCGCAGGUCGCUGCUAUUGGAGAAGAGGCAGCUGAAGAGGAGAAGAAGGAACUCAUCUUGACCAUCUUGAGCGUUGUGUUUCUCGUCAUCCCGUUUGCUGGCGAGGCCCUCGGUCCCGAACUCGAUGCUACCAUCCUGACAUUUGGGCGGAUCAUCGAUCUCAUCGGCGCUGGUGGGAACACAGCGUUAGCAUUUUACGACAUUGCAAAAGAGCCGACCUCCGCGCCGAUGGAGAUAUUGGGACUCCUGAUGGCAGGUGGUCUGGGGCGUGACUCUUCCGAGAUGGGUAAGCUGGCCAAGGCUAGACGGGAUAUGACCGAAGUCGACCUUGGCAAGAUCGGGUCCAUCUUCAAGAAGAAUGAUGAUGUUAUUCAGAACAUCAUUCACAAGUGCAGCAAUCCCGUGGUCCACUGA